UCUGGCCGUUUUUUAUGUCAUCCCUCGCCUUUCCUGUCCCUCUGCCAGAUGUGUUCUCAUCAUCCAAUGGCCUCCUCAUUGACUGUUUCUUUUUUCCCAAUCGAAUGAGCCAAACUCAUUGAUUGACUUCCCCCCAGUCGCAAGUCACCGGAGCGCGAGGAAAAGACUGCUUUCUCCCCGUCCGACCGCCUCGCCAGCCAUAAUCCAUCCCCACGCCUCACGAAAUCCUUCAUUCUCUUUCUUCUUUCCCCUACCCCUUGGUCUGGUGUCUUCUCUUGUCUCUCUGUGAUCUCUUCCCCGUCUGAACGGGUGUGAUUUUUCACCCUCUUCGAUCGGUUUACAUAUGAGAGUCCUCAGGUCUCGAGUCCCCUGUUCUCUCUGCCACCCCCAUCCCCAAGUAGAUUAGGACGGCGGACUGCGAUCCGACUACGACUGAACCUCAUUCUGCUCCCCUCCCACCAUCUCUUUCUGCUUCAUCUCUUCCUUACUCUAUCCCCGGCGGUCGGCCUCGGUGGUUCAUCAUGUCGACCCCCUCCACCGCGACUGCGACUCACCCUACGCAUCAUCACCCUCAUCAGCAACCGUACCCAUACGUCCACCCUCCCUAUCAACCCAAUACAUCCUAUCCGACCACGUCCGCUGCAGGAGCCGCUCGCCUGCCGACCUCCUAUCCCUACGCCGUCAAUCCCUCCACGGCCACCCUCCCCUUCGCUCAAUCCCCAAAGAUCCUGCCGACUGUCCCGACGCCGCCGACCACAAUGCCUCCCUCCCACAACGGGGUUGCCGCCGGCACCCCGACACAGAACGGGCGAAGGAAAAAUCCGGACUGGAACGAAUUCUACAAGAACGGUAUCCCCAAGGAGGUCAUCGUCAUCGAUGACACCCCUCCCCCGGAACAGUCCAAGGCGCCCUCGACUCGCAGUUUUGCGACAACCUCCACCGUGACGGCUCCCACCGCCGCCAUGCCCCAGCCGGCGGGUAAGAGACGCCGCACCGGCAUCGAGACCACCUACGACCUGGGCUACUACGAUCGUCCCUCCUACUCGAUCAACCCGCAGCACUACGGCGAGGAAUCCUCCGCCGCCUCCAUAUCCACCGAUCGAACCACAUCCUUACAUACUACUGCACCCACGUCGCUGUCCCAGGGGAGUUCGGGGGCGAGCAACGGAGUGUUCUUCGAAGAUGCCAAUAUUGGCCAGAAACGCAAGCGUGUCGCCACGCGAAAGGCCGUCCGGGAUGAGCAAAAGCGGCGGGAACUGGAGCACGUGGGCGAUGCGUUUUUGAGCUACGUGCCUCCUCCGAAGCCUCCCAUCAAGGCUAAGGAUGUUCCUGUUCCGGUUGUCCGUGACUACGUCAAUAGAAAUGAAAAGGUUGAUGAUAACGAUGGUCACUACAUUGUGACAGCCGAAUCCCCAUUGACCGACCGAUACUCCAUCAUCAAACUCCUCGGACAAGGAACAUUUGGAAAGGUAGUCGAGGCAUAUGAUAAGCACCGCAAAUCUCGGUGCGCAGUGAAGAUCAUCCGGUCGAUUCAAAAAUACCGGGAUGCAUCGCGGAUCGAACUGCGAGUGCUGUCCACGCUCUCGUCGAAUGAUAAGCAAAAUCGCAAUAAAUGCAUCCACCUGCGGGAUUGCUUCGAUUACCGAAACCACAUUUGCAUUGUCACCGAUCUGCUCGGACAAAGCGUGUUUGAUUUCCUGAAAGGCAACGGCUUUGUUCCGUUCCCCAGCAGCCAGAUCCAGAACUUUGCUCGACAGCUCUUCACGAGUGUAGCCUUUCUCCAUGACCUUAACCUCAUCCAUACCGACCUCAAGCCCGAGAACAUCCUUCUGGUUAGCAACUCCUACCAGACUUUCACCUACAACCGAACCAUCCCGUCUUCCUCCCACGCCAUUACUCGCACUGCACGGCAACGACGUGUCUUGCUGGAUAGCGAGAUCCGUCUGAUCGAUUUUGGCUCCGCCACUUUCGACGAUGAGUAUCACUCGUCGGUCGUGUCUACUCGGCACUAUCGGGCCCCGGAGAUUAUCCUGAAUCUGGGCUGGAGUUUCCCCUGCGACAUCUGGAGCAUCGGGUGCAUCCUGGUGGAAUUCUUCACCGGGGACGCGUUGUUCCAGACGCAUGAUAACCUCGAACAUCUAGCGAUGAUGGAGGCGGUGAUCGGCGAGCGAAUUGACACUCGCCUGGUGCGGCAAGUGAUGCAAGGUGGACGGAGUGGGAGUCAAAACCAGUCGGCCAAAUACUUCAACCGAAACCGACUCGAUUAUCCGAACGGAGAGACUACCCGAGCGUCGCGCAAGUACGUACGCGCCAUGAAACAACUCACGGAAUUCAUCCCCACCAAUAACCAAUUUCACCGACAAUUCCUCGACCUCCUGCAACGCAUCUUCGUCUACGACCCCAAGAACCGCAUCACCGCCAAGGAGGCUCUGAAGCACGCGUGGUUCAAAGAGUCUUUGGUGGAUGAUGGCACGGAAGCGUUGCGGAUUGGGGAACAGCUGCAGAGGAACCAACGCCAGUAGACGUGCAUCCAGUCAAUCUGGCCCCGGUUCCCUGCGAUUGUUGUAUGGCUAGGCGGUUCCACUGCCACCACCUUACUUUAAUACAGCUACAGUUACGAUAGAUGGUUUCUUUUGGUUAAUGUGCAUCCAAGGCAAGCCAUGAGGUUUGCAAAGAUGAGGGUGCCGGCAUAUCCUGGGCUAUGGAGUUGAGUGUGCUCAUUCGGAGGAAAGGUGUAUGGGGUUAUUUUCUUUUUCUUUUUUUUUUUUUUUUGCUUCUUGACUACUUUUAUUCGCGCUUGAUUUGGGAUGCCAUCCCCAACCGGAUACCAUCCCAAACCUGGCACUAAGAUACCGACGAACCAAAGGAUAAGGAUAGGGAUAGGGACAGGGACAUUUAUUAAGGAGGGCAUAUUGUUUGAUUGAUUUUCAUUCCGACACGUGGUUUAUCUUACGAGAUUGCCUGGAUCUAUGGUUAGGCUUGUUUUAUUUUUUAUAUCUUUUCGUCCCACAUUCUUUCUUUUUUCCUUUCUUUCUUUUUUCCUUUCUUUCCUUCUUUCUUUCUUUCUUUCUUUUUUGUUUAUGAUGUGCUUUAUAUCAC